AUGCUGCACUUACUCUGCGUCGCCACUGCCGCCACGACGCGCCGGGCUGUGCUUCAGCACUCCGCCGGCGCUGCAGCCACCGCCGCGGCCGCCUUUGCUCUGCCGCGCAGCAGCGCACUGGCGGCCGGCGGCCAGCUCUCGGCCCGUCAGCUGCUGUCGGACGUGCCCGUCUUUGCGAUCACCAACUCCAAAGGCGCACCGUACCUCACCGGCAGCGACAGUGCUGGCCGACGCACCGGGUCCUUUUACCUCUCACCGAAGGAGGCGCUCGAGCAGCUCGAGAACGUGCGCGCCUUCGAUGCACGCGCCUCGCUCUCCAUCCUCCCGCUGGGCGGCAUUUGGGACGAGCUGCCGCACUCGAGCGCCGAGGCGGCGCGCAUGCUCUCGGCGGCGCCACAGCCCAAGGCGGGCACGUCGACCGACCUGAGGCUGUUCCAGCUCGAGCCCAUCUCCGACGAGCGGGCGGCGGUGCGCCAGGUGCUUGGCAAGGCGGGCGCGCCGGCCGACGGCACCGUGCCGCUCUACUGGGAGCCGUCGCUGCUCAUCCAGCCUGACGGCGCGAGCGAGGCGCAGCGGCCCUACUUUUUCAGGCUGGCGGACUUGCAGGCGACGCUGGCGCAGGCGGAGGGGGCGCCCGCCAAGCCCGACUACCGCGCGCUGCGGCUGGCGGAGCUUGUGGAGCAGGAGGCCAAGGGGCGGCGCGGCGAGCCUUCGCCACCGCUCCUCGCGACGGCGGUCGGGGCGGGCGAGCCGCCGCCGCUGCUCUUCGUGGCCUCCGACGCCGCGGCCGUCGUCGAGCGCACGGGGAUGAACGGAAACGCAGCCUCGGGCGCGCCUGGCGAGGACGAGCAGAUGCAGCGGCUCGUCGACUUGUGCCUCAAGGUGCCGUUUGCAAAGGCGGCGCUGACCUGA